UCUCACUCUCUCUAAGUGCCGGCGCAGUGGAAUUAUCAGCCGAAUCUUCACUAAAACACACUGCAUCAUCAAUCAUCAUCUAGUUUUGGUGUCUCCUACUCCCCAACGCCUCUUUGAUCAUCCCCUAAACAAAUAUUCUCUCUCUCUCUCUCUCUCUCUCUCUCUCUCUCUCUCUCUCUCUCUCUCUCUCCCAUCCCAUGAAUCUCUGAAUCAGUAAAACCGAACCAGUCCACCACCAACGACAUUGCACUAAUCUUCCUUAUCCUUCCCCAAUAUAAUCAGCAAAAAUAAAAACCUUUUUGUCGUGCCGGCUUACAAUAUAGUAUUCCCACACCAUUCCCAAUUGUGUUUUUGUUUUGCGUUUUAUCUUUUUUCAAAAAUCAAAUCCUAAAAAACCCCUUCUCUGUUCUUUGCUUGCUCUGUUUAACUUCCUCUCUCUCUCUCUCUCUCUCUCUCUCUUCUCACACAAACACAUAACAGACAAUGAAGAAUGACAACGUUGGAGACCAAUCUGUAAAGAACCGAAAACCCAAGUCCCGCGAAGUGAAUUCCCGGUUUCUGUCUCCGACAUCAACUUCGUCGCUUGAAAUCGGAAACCCAUCUCCGACUCAAGGUCUUUCACCGGACCGGCGAAAACCAGGAUCGUCUUUUACCGAUAUGAGAAGGAUUCGGAGCGGUCAGCUCGAUGACUCGGGCUCUGUACGUGGACUUUGGCCUUCAUCAACUACUACUACUUCUUCUUCUUCAACUAGGAAAUUGGAUACUUUGGCAGAUUUUCUGGGUAAUGAGAGGCUAAACGAUCUUCUCGACCGUAAAAACUCUCUUUUCGAUAGGCAAAGAAGUUGCAGAGAAUUUAGUAGUAAGCUCGAGAAUGAUAAAGAGAGCGCCAAAGAAAAUCACAGACCCGGUUUUGGAGGGUCGAUGAGAUAUUCGGGAAAAUUACGUUUUCCUGGAAAAUCAUCAUCUUCUACUUCUUCUUCAUCGUCCUCGAGUAAGUUAGAAAACAGUUCAAGCAUAGUUCCUGGGAGAUUAUCUGUGGAUUCAAAUGCUCUUUAUCAGAAAUUGUCACGGAGAAACUCGGAUUGUUUUACCGAUGUUCUGGAUUCGGGAUCGGAAUGCAGCGAUGCUUGUUCCAGUACUGAUUUUCAAGCAAUAGGAAAGAAUUCAAAACCGAGCUCGAGAAAAACAGGUGUGGAGGUUUCUUCAAAAUAUAUGAAUGACAUACAAACAAGAGUUAGAAGAGGGACUUCUGAUUCCAAUAUCCAAAUUCCAAUAUCCUCUGAUAAUUCUCCGAAGUUGGGAAAAUUUUCUAUAAAAAAUGCGAUCAAACGGUCUAGUUCUGUUAAAGGAUAUGGAAGCUCCAAUACUCAGUGGGCGUUAUCGCCGGGGAGAUCAGGGUCUCCACCUAUCUCUGUUGAAAAUAAAGCGAAACCAUUGUCGUUUUCGAGCCUCAAGCCUCCUACUAGUCCUUCAAGAACCAAAGGGGUGGAGAAAUUGCUCAACUUGGGAUUGGAAUUAUUCAAGAGCAAGAAAUCCUCUUCGUCGAAUUCGUUGUCUGUAGGAUCAACUACUGUGACAACAGAGGCCGGUCAUCAACUUCGGUUGCUUCAUAACCGAUUAAUGCAGUGGCGUUAUGCAAAUGCAAAAGCUGCUUCUGUUAAUGCAAACAUAGUCAAUCAUAUAGAGAACAACUUGUUAUGUGCUUGUGAUGGUCUGACAAAGUUGCAACAGUCCGUGGUUUAUAAAAAGCUACAGCUAGAGAAAGAAAAGCUAGUGAUGAAGCUAAACUUUAUACUUCAUUCUCAACUUAAACCAUUGGAAGCCUGGGGAGAUAUGGAAAGGAAUCAUUUGGCUGCGGUUUCCAUGACCAAAGAGUGUUUACAUUCAGUUGUCUGCAGGGUUCCCCUGAUUGAUGGUGCAAAGAUCAACCUUCAAUCAACUUCCAUCUCACUCCGGCAUGCUUCAGAUCUUACAUCUUCCAUUAACUCAAUGUUGGACACUGUUUCGCCUUCGGCAGAGAAGAAUGUUUUAUUGCUAUCAGAAUUAGCAGAUGUGGUUGCACAAGAAAAAUUGCUUCUAGAGGAGUCCCUUGAACUUCUCAGAACCAUAUCCAUCCUAGAGAUUCAAGAAAGAAGUUUGAAGUCCAGUAUUAUUCAAAUGGAGUUGUGAAAGCAAGGACAACAAAUGAAUAGAGCGAAGUCUUGAUUCUGAUUUUUGUUACAAGCGUAUAGUUUAGUUACUUAGGCCAAUUUGCUAAAUGUCUAGUAGAGGAUAAAAGAUGAGAUAUAGAUUCAUAAUUUUGCCCAUUUUAGUGUAUAUGUUAUGUAAUAAGCCUCUUCAUCAAAGCAAUAAUUUUUUUUUUCUUUUUCUCUUUUUGACAGAAGAUUCAAAUUUUGUUUCUUUCUUUCUGCUGAACCAAAAGUUGUGCUUGGUAAAAAAAAUUCAUUUUGGGAUGUUCUGUACCAUGUAUGAUAAACGACAUACUUUGAACUGUUUAUUGUUUGACACAGGCGUUGUGAAAAUGAAAAUGUAGUCAAUUAACUUCA